CGGUUCGGUAAAGUCACGUUUUUUGCGCCGCGUGUCGCGUAGUAGUUUUCCUAUCCUAUGAAGAACGGUUGCAAGCGACAAUGGAGAUGGAUAAAGCGACGGAUUUGAUCCAACCGGAAGAACGUUUGAAGCUGACCCGGAUAGCCAGUUCGUCGUUUUCGAUUGAGAACCUUAUUGCAACGACGGAAAGUAAGCAGAAAAAUCAUUCCCCGCCUUCGCUGGAACGAUCACGACUGCCGAUUGCUGGUGAAGCUGGACCGUAUCUCGUGGGCGGUUAUAACGCUGCAAUGUUGUCCUUUAGCAAUUUUCCACUGUACAACCCUUGGGUGGGAUAUCUGUCGCAAACGGCCAACGAAAAGCUGUCGCAACUAUUUUCCGGUGUUACAAGUGGUGAUAAACGUGUGCAUAAAUCAAUAUCAAGUGAACCCGCUGCCGAUGGGGCUGGUCCCAGUCCUGUCAGUCGGAACGAAGAUACUGGCCAAAGUGGUGAUAAAUCGUCAAUCAAUGUGAAUCUCUCGAAGUCGUACCCUGGUUUAAUCUACGGAUCACCCAGUCUUGAAGUGGCAGCGCAAUAUUUUGCAAACACUCGAAAAUCGUUCUAUCCGCCGGCGGAAUUUGUCGAUAGAGGUGUCAUUGACGAAAACACUGGUCAUAACCAGAGUAGUUUGAGUGUAGAUGGUGACGGUGGAGGACGAAGAAUAUUUCUAAGGAAUUUUAGUAGUGACCUGGCGGCGGCCAAUCGGAAUAAUUUGGACGUGCUUGACUCUGAUUCUCGGCAGUCAUAUUUGAAUAUAGAUCGGGACGAUGAUGACCAGCACCUAGGUGACGGAGCAUUGGACAGCAACGACGAAGGGUCAUACAGUGACGAUAUCAGUUUAUCACUGUCACCAACUGGCUGCGGGAAGAAUGCUGAUUUAGACGAAUCUGACUCGGAGCCCUGUUCGGACGACGAGAGAGGAUCGGGCCACUCAAAAUCCGCCGGCGGCAGUGGUACCGGGACCGGUGACAGUUGCUCAAAAUCGCGUCGGAGACGAACUGCCUUUACCUCGGAACAGCUGCUGGAGCUGGAACGGGAAUUUCAUGCCAAAAAAUACCUUAGCCUUACGGAGCGAAGUCAGAUCGCCACUAGUUUAAAGUUGAGUGAAGUGCAGGUGAAAAUCUGGUUCCAGAACCGACGGGCCAAAUGGAAACGGGUGAAGGCGGGUCUCAACUCGCACGGAUUAGCUAACCGGGGGACUGGCGGUACCGCGACCAGCUCAAAAAUAGUAGUUCCUAUUCCGGUGCACGUGAAUCGAUUUGCGAUUCGAUCUCAGCACCAACAAAUGGAGAAGAUGAACCUAGUCGGACCGAAAGCAGAACUGCGGAAAGACCUGGGUAUGGAGGCUAGCAGUUUCGAGCGAUUCGGCCUGAACAAACUGGGACCGAAACCGACCGGAGGUUUUUGAGAUUAGGGGAAAUCAGUGGAGUGUGUCCGGGUGUGAGUGUUGUUGCGACUGCGGCGAUUAGGGUACAUUAAUUUUAUAGUUUUUCAAAACAACGGGAGCUAUUUUCUCAUUGUAGAUGGUAAUCAACUGCGGAAUGUAAAUUAAGGCCAAUUAGUAUAAGCGAGAGGGGAUUUAAUAUCAAAUCAUUGUAAAGUAUUCGAAUAUGUAGUCAGGGAAAUGAGGGAGGCGUACUUCAAAUUGAGUUGUAUUCGUAUUUAUAAAUCAAAGCGCAAUUACGCACUUGUGUACAUGUAUAAUUGAAAUUUUUAGAGAGCGGUAACAGGUAACGAGGAUAACACUGUAAUA